UUUUGUAAAUAGUUCUCUAAGUGUACUUAGCUUAAUUAUGUCUAACACAGAAAAAAGCCACCUUAACAAAAUAAGAAAUUGUCUGUCAUGCCGUCAAGUAUUAAAUAUUUUAACAAUGCUCGGCUUUAUGCUGAAUUAUGCUUUACGCGUAAAUCUCACAAUAGCCAUUGUAGCAAUGGUGAAACCUAUAGAAAAUACAACAACAACAACAAUAGCAACGAUAGUUGAUAGUAGCAGUAAUUUAACGACAACAUUAAUAGAUAAUGAUGUUGAUGAUGCCGCUGAGUUGGAUGAACGCUUUCCUUGGGAUUCAUAUCAACAGAAUUUUGUGCUUGGCUGCUUCUUUUGGGGUUACAUACUGACAGAGCUGCCAGGCGGACGAUUGGCGGAAUUGAUAGGUGGUCGUCGAGUAUUUGGGCAUUCCAUGUUGUGGGCUAGUUUGCUGACUCUGGUGACCCCAUUGGCUGCUCAUUUGAAUUACGUGGUCUUGAUAAUUGUCCGCGUUAUACUUGGUUUUAUGUUGGGCGCUUCAUGGCCUGCAAUACAUCCGGUGGCCGCUGUUUGGAUACCACCAAUGGAAAGAUCAAAAUUUAUGUCAAACAUGAUGGCCUCAUCCUUGGGAGCGGCAAUAACUAUGCCCGUAUGUGGUUAUCUUAUUUCCGUAGCUGGCUGGUCUAGUGUCUUCUAUGCGACAGGAGCGGUUGGUUUAAUAUGGUCUGCUUGUUGGUUUACAUUUGUCUAUGAAACGCCUGCCACGCAUCCGCGUAUAACUGCAGAGGAGCGUCGAGAAAUUGAAGAAGCUAUCGGUACUUCGACGUCAAAGAAACGUCCCAGCUAUGUGCCAUGGAUGGAUAUGUUGUGUUCGCCAGCUGUAUGGGCCAUCAUCAUAACUCAUGGUCUGUCGGUAUUCGGUUUCUUUACCGUUAUUAAUCAAUUGCCGACAUACAUGCAUCAGAUUUUACAUUUCAAUAUUAAAGAGAAUGGGUUAUUUUCUUCUCUACCCUAUUUGGGAAAAUACAUAAUGGCUUUUAGUUCGUCAUGUUUCGCCGAUUAUUUACGUAAACGCGGUACGCUCACAACAACAGCGACUAGAAAAGUUUUUACGGCAUUCGCUUUGUUAACACCUGGCUUUUUAAUGGUUGCCCAAGUAUUUUUGGGACGUGAAGCGGGUUGGUCUGUUACGAUAUUUACUUUGGCUUUGUUCACUCAUGGAGCUGUGACAGCGGGUUAUUUAGGCAAUGGAUUGGACAUAGCUCCGAAUUUUAGUGGCACCAUAUUUGGUUUAGCGAACACUUUGUCAUCAUUCGGUGGUUUUCUGUCUACCUGGAUGGUAGGAGCUUUAACAUAUGAAGACAAAUCCUAUCAUCAAUGGCAAAUCGUAUUUUGGAUUCUAUCUGUUACAUAUAUAUCGGGUGCUUUGGUAUACAUAUGCCUGGGUUCAGGCGAACUGCAACCAUGGAAUAAUCCCCCGGAACGUAAAAAAGUAUCCGACGUGCAUAAUGAGGAGGGCGUACCGCUAAAGAUUGAGAAAAUUGCAAACUAAAAUUCAAAUUACAUAACUAGCUGCUAACUACCAUAAAAAUACUAUGUAUUAUGUAAAUAUAAGAAAAAUAAUGUAAAAAAUUCUAUACAAUAUGUUUAGAUGAUAAAUAAAUCAAUAGAUGAACGGUGCUUUAUUUUAUUUUAUAAAUAGUGUAAAAAAUACAAAAAGUUAUGAUUUUCAGAUAAAGUCUCUUAUGUGAUUUUAUAACAUCCCACUCAAACAUAAAGUACGGUUUAGUUAAUUAUUUAUAGCAAUUUAUUUGAAAAAUGAAAAGCAAACGUAAAACUUGCCUGAUUGUAAUUCUUUUGAAGUCUCUUUUUUUAAAGGAGAUCACACAUUUAUUUAUAUUUAUAAGUUUUAGUUUAACGUUAUUGCAA